AUGGGACCUGGGCCCCCUGGAGCAGCCGCCCUUACAGCAGCCGCCCCUGCAGCAGCCGCCCCUGGUCCCUGGAGCAGCCGCCCCUGCAGCAGCCGCCCCUGGCCCCUGGAGCAGCCGCACCUGCAGCAGCCGCUUCUGGCCCCUGGAGCAGCCGCCCCUGCAGCAGCCGCCCCUGCCCCUGGAGCAGCCGCCCCUGCAGCAGCCGCCCCUGGCCCCUGGAGCAGCCGCCCCUGCAGCAGCCGCCCCUGGCCCCUGGAGCAGCCGCCCCUGCAGCAGCCGCCCCUGGCCCCUGGAGCAGCCGCCCCUGCAGCUGCCGCGGAGCCCUCGCCCUGCAGUGGUAGCAGCUUGGCCGUUGCCGCCGUCCCUGCUGCUGCUGCUGUCAUGGCUACUCCCGCUGUUCUUACCUUCGAUGCUGAGGGUCGUGCGAUAGACUUUGAGGUCUGGCUCGAUGAUCUGCAGCUUUUCCUGCAGUGUGAUAGCAAAGACGGUCUAUUGCUGUUCGAUCUCACGUCUGGUGCCUCUCCUGCCUUUGCUGUCGAUGCUGACAGUACUGUUCGCUCACAGUGGACCACACGCGAUGCUGCUGCCCGUCUUGCUGUGCGUAGUCACCUGCCGUCCACUGAGCGCGCGCACUUUAGUCAGUACAAGAGUGCUAAGACCUUGUACGACGCUGUCGUUGCGCGCUACUCCUCCCCUGCCUCUGCUGCCCUUAGUCGCCUCAUGCUGCCGUACCUUUUCCCUGACCUCGCCGCCUUUGCUACAGUCGCUGACCUCAUUACGCACCUCCGCACUAGUGACACCCGCUACCGCGCUGCGCUUCCUGCUGAGUUCCGCGCCCAGACCCCCCCCCCCCCCCCCAUGUACAUCACCCUCUACUACCUAGUCACCCGGCUCCCUGACUCCCUUCGCUCGGUCAGGGAUCACUUCCUCGCUCUCUACCCCACCACCCUCACCGUUGACCUCCUCGAGGAGCACCUCCUUGCAGCUGAGAAGAGCAUAGUCGCUGUAGGAGCCUCUCGUGGUGACCCUCGUACCCCUUUCUUUGAGGGGUGCUCCCCCGUUCCCCUUUUGCCCUCUGUUGCCUCUGCUGCUGCUGUCGACCUCGUUGGCACCGAGUCGGUCGACGCUGCGUUUGCCCUAGCGGGAGGCACCGCAAGAGCGGCAAGGGCAAGGGGGGCAAGGGUGCUGGAGGAGCUGGCGGGGGUGGUGGUGGUGGCGGUGGAGGCGACGGGGGGGGUGGGGGUGGAGGUGGGAGUGGUGGCGGAGGUGGGGGCUCUGGUGGCAGCGGUGGAGGCGGAGGCAGCGGCAGCGGCGGCGGUGGGAGUGGAGGAGGUGGCGGUGGCGGCGGUGGCGGCGGUGGCAGUGGCGGCGGUGGCGGUGGCGCUGGUCGGGGUGGCUCCGUGCAGCGGGGAGGCUUCGGUGGUGGCCAGCGUCAGCAGCAGCAGCGCUCUCGUGAGGCCCCGCCACCCCAGCAGCUUCACCAGUGGUACGCUGCGCGUCAGCGGUCUGGGGGUGCUGGUCCCUGUGCCUACGUCCUGCGUACUGGUGACCGCACUGGGGAGCCGUGUGGCGGCUUGCACACCACCCAGCGCUGCUUCGGCCGCCUGA